ACUGACCGGAAGUGAAUAGCGAUGACAAACAGAUGAGUGUUAUUCCCACGACGGUUUAAAGAUAUGUAUUUACAUUUUUGAAUUCGGUAUCAUUUUUUAUUCAGCUCUCUAAUCAUUGAACGUUUACUGAAACGUGCUGUAGGACGCUUAAACGUUAACCAUGUCGAAUCGCAUCGCUUUCCAGACUCAGCUCGCUUCCAUUAUGGAGGUUCUGGCGAAUGCAGCGGUGGCUGAGAUAUGCAAACUCGUAGACGACGACUACGCGGUCAUAAACUUACAGAUGACCCAAUGUCAGCGUGAAAACAAAGCCCUGAAGAGGAAACUUCACAUACUGGAGCUAAAGAUGGCUCGGGGGUUUGCAGAGAGGAGGAUUAGUUCACUGCAUCGCGCUAACCGGGUUCAAGUGAGCGCCGCUUUGUCAGACAAAUACAGGAACCAGACUAACGAUGUGCUGUAUGGAGCUCAGUUUAACUCAGCACUGUGGAGAAGAGGAGGAACAGACUCAUCUGCUCAGCAAGAUGAAAAUGAAACUAACAAUAUGACAGGAGAUGCAGUAUUAUCAGAAGCGGACACAGUGCUGAUAAAGGAUGAGAUGUUUGAGGAGGACCAAACACGGCAGCAGAGACUGUUCAUCAGAGAUGGUGGAGUAAAAGAGACGGAAUCACAGACUGGAGAGGCAGGUUUUGGUGAUGUUCAGAUGGUGAAAGAUGAUGGUCAGGUCUCUGGGAUGCAUCAGCCGACUUUGGAGCAGCAAAGACAGGUGGAAGACGGAGAGCCAGAAACAAUAGUGAUAAAGGAGGAUCUGAACGACCAGUGGGAAAGAAGCCAGACACAAGCCAUAAUUGUGCAAUAUGCAGAGUCUGAUACAGAAAAUGGUAGCAGGCGACUUUCUACCUCACCAGCCAAAAGCACAGAGAAGCCUAUAGAUGUGGAAUUUCCCCAUUUAAGUGAAAAUUGCCAGGGUAGGAGCCAGAGAACUAGCAUUUCUCCAUCCCCUGGACUGAAGAUACAGGGUACUGUUGAGUGCAGUCCAAGUAGCUCUCAACAGCACCAGUACCACAGGUUUGCUGUUCGACCAAGCAGAGGUCUAACAACAGGAGAAAGCGCAGCUUUCACAGGCUCAGGACACUUACACAAGGGAAUGGUGAGAAGCAGAACUUCACCCACAAACCAGCCUCAGCUCAGCAGAGAAAAGACAGCCAUUGAAAUGUCAGAAACGGACUGCUUGUUGUAUGACAGACCUGCAGAACCUAAAACCAGCUUUACGCACUGGCCCGCACAUCCAUCCUGUUCAUACACAGAGUCGGACCAGGAUCAAGACUGUAUGCUGGUUCAGUCAGAGACUGUAUCAUCUAUUAGAAGCUCCAAAGAUGGACGGGAUGGAGCAUCAUCUACCCGAACACAUGUUGUUAGAAAUGCAGCAGAGGGGUCGAUCAGAGAAGAGGAAAGGUGGAAUCAAGGUCCCAUUUUGAGGCAAAGCCAAAUUGAAGCAUCAUGCAACGUCCGUAGACGUGAAGUGAUUCAGACAGAGACUGCAAGUAGAACAAACCCUUCAUAUUUCCCUGUGAAACCCCAAACUAUAUCCAACCCAACUCAUCCUGGGGCUUCUCUUGCCAGGCUGCAGCUACCAAAGCACAUGGAGAACGGUAGACGGAAAAGCUAUGUUUGUAAGUUCUGUGGAAAGGCGUUCUCUGGCUUGUCCAACAUUGUGGCCCACCAGCGAGUGCAUACAGGCGAGAGACCCUUUAAGUGUGACACGUGUGGGAAGCUUUUCACAGAAGCAGGCAACCUCAAGAAACACCAAAGAGUUCACACAGGAGAGAAACCCUUCGUCUGUCCCCGCUGUGGGAAACGAUUCGCAUGGAUCUGCAAUCUCAAGACACAUCAGCAGUCGGCCUCCUGUGGAGGAGUCUGAUAUAUGUCUGAUGAAGGGCUUCCAACUCAUGCCUUUUUAAAACCAGUGGUCUUCAGAAUGUCAAAGGAAUCAUUACAGUACUGUUGGAAUAAUUAACACAAGAAAUAAAAGGUGGUUUAUGAAAUAUAAAUUGAAACAUUAAUAGGCAGAUUAAGGUCUGUAAAUGUUAGCAACGGUUAAAGCAAUUGUCUAAGGUAUUUUAAUGGUGACUCUCCGUGAAUUGUAAUAUUAAAAGUGAGCAGCAGGUGGUGCACAAGCACUAAUGAACAGAGCAAUCUUU